AUGCAGCCUGGCAAAAGUCUUGGAGCAGUGCUCAUCACUGGCGGAUGCGGCUUCUACGGUCACCAUCUUAUACGCCGCAUCCUCGAAGUGGAGCCGACAUGCGCCAUCUCGGUGCUUGACGUCGACAUCUCGGAGGACACUUUCCCUGGCGUCUCUUACCACCAAUGCGAUCUCGCCCACGGCGCCGGCGUGCGAGCCAUCUUCGAGCAGGUCCAGCCGCCGCCGCGCGUUGUCUUCCACCUUGCAUGCCCUCCCAGCAUUGUCGUCAACGACCAGCGCUUCUUGCGGGUCAACGUCGAAGGCACCCGCCACCUCCUGGAGGCCUCCCGGAAGGCUGGCGUCAAAGCUUUUGUCUUCACAUCCUCCUCGGCUGUCAUACACGACAACGUCUCGGAUCUGAUUGAGGCCGACGAGACCAUGCCCAUACUCAAACCACCGAAACAGAAGAGCGUCUAUACCCUCUCCAAGGCCAUUGCCGAGGAGGAUGUGCUUGCCGCCAACCGCAAGGACGGCAUGCUGACCGUCUCCCUCCGGCCCUGCACCACCUUUGGCCCGGCCAACCCCGGAUUCAUGAGUCGCAUCGUCGAAGUCAGCAAGGCUGGCAAGGCUCGCUUCCAGAUGGGCGAGAACAACCCGUGGGACUUCGUCUACAUCGCCAACGUAGUCCACGCUUGCCUCCUCGCCGCUCACCGUCUCUUGAUGGCCGCGAACUCCCCUGCUCUACCAGUCGGCCAGCGUGUCGAGGGCGAAGCCUUCAACAUCACCAACGACGAGCGAAUGACCUUCUGGGACUUCACGCUAGCCACAUCUGCCGCAAUCGGCAAGCCGGUCGACAAGAAAGCCAUCGUCAAGGUCCCGCGCUUCAUCGCUAUCCUCGUCUGCUUCUUGUCUGAGUGGGGCGUGUGGCUCUUCUCGCUCGGCCGCAAGCAGUCUAACAUGGUCCGCGAGGGCGUUGUUUUCGCUUACAUCACGCGCACGCUCAACACGGACAAGGCCAAAAGAGUGUUGGGUUAUCGGCCAAUUGUCUUGCUGAAGGAUGGGAUCCGGGAGAGUGUGGAAUGGUACAUGGAGCAGGACAAGAAAGCAGAGUGA